AAACCCAAGACAGCUGAAAACCAGAAGGCGUCUGAGGAGAAUGAGAUUACUCAGACGGGUGCAUGCAGCGCCAAGCCGGGCCUUCCCUGCCUGAACCUUGAAGCUGUUCGGUCUCUGAGCCCGGCUCUCAUCAGCUCACCACAUUCACCAACAAACCUGCACGCACACACAGGGUCAUCUGAUUGUAACAUCAGUUGCAAGGGGAUGACAGAGCGCAUUCAUAGCAUCAAUCUUCACAACUUCAGCAAUUCUGUGCUCGAGACCCUCAACGAGCAGCGCAACCGUGGCCACUUCUGUGACGUGACGGUCCGCAUCCACGGGAGCAUGCUACGCGCCCACCGCUGCGUGCUGGCGGCUGGCAGCCCCUUCUUCCAGGACAAGCUUCUGCUGGGCUACAGUGACAUCGAGAUCCCCUCAGUGGUGUCAGUCCAGUCUGUGCAAAAGCUCAUUGACUUCAUGUACAGUGGGGUGCUGCGGGUCUCACAGUCAGAGGCCCUUCAAAUCCUCACAGCUGCCAGCAUCCUGCAGAUCAAGACUGUGAUUGAUGAGUGCACAAGGAUUGUCUCGCAAAAUGUAGGAGAGGUCUACCCAGUGAUUCAGGAUUCUGGCCAGGAGACACCCAGGGGAACACCUGAAUCAGGCACCUCGGGGCAGAGCACCGACACAGAGUCUGGCUACCUACAGAGCCAUUCGCAGCACAGUGUGGACAGGAUCUAUUCAGCCCUCUAUGCCUGUUCCAUGCAAAAUGGCAGUGGGGAGCGCUCCUUUUACAGUGGAGCCGUGGUCAGCCACCAUGAAACAGCCCUGGGACUCCCCAGGGACCAUCACAUGGAAGACCCCAGCUGGAUUACCCGGAUCCAUGAACGGUCGCAACAGAUGGAGCGGUACCUCUCCACCACUCCAGAGACCACACACUGCCGCAAGCAACCACGCCCUGUCCGAAUCCAAACCCUGAUGGGCAACAUCCAUAUAAAACAGGAGAUGGAGGAUGACUAUGACUACUAUGGCCAACAGAGGGUGCAGAUCCUAGAGCGCAAUGAGUCUGAGGAAUGCACUGAAGACACUGACCAAGCAGAAGGCACUGAGAGCGAGCCCAAAGGGGAGAGUUUUGACUCGGGAGUCAGUUCCUCCAUUGGCACUGAGCCUGAUUCCGUGGAGCAGCAGUUUAUGGCUGGUCUGGGCCGGGAUGGGCAGCAAGAACCUUCUCAAGCAGAUCAAAAUGACGUCCCUGCUGAUGGCACACAGCCACAGCAGCAGCAGCAGCAUGUAGAUGCCAACUCUUCUUCGCCAGAGAGAAGCAAUGACGUUGAAAUGGACAGCAAAGUGCUCACAGUCAAUAACAGCACCGAAAAGGGGGCUUUGCAGCCUUCUGUCAACACAACUGUUGCCCAACCAUUGCCAACCACACAGAUCUACUUACGCCAGACAGAAACUCUCACCAGCAAUCUGAGGAUGCCACUGACUCUGACCAGCAACACUCAGGUCAUUGGCACAGCUGGCAACACCUACCUGCCCGCCCUUUUCACCACACAAUCUGCUGGCAGUGGCCCUAAGCCUUUUCUCUUCAGCCUGCCCCAGCCUUUAGCUGGCCAACAGGCACAGUUUGUGACAGUGUCCCAGCCUGGCCUGUCAACCUUUACUGCCCAGCUGCCAGCCCCACAGCCCUUGGCCCCAUCUGCGGGCCACAGCACAGCAGGUGGGCAAGGCGAAAAAAAGCCUUACGAGUGCACUCUCUGUAACAAGACUUUCACCGCCAAACAGAACUACGUCAAGCACAUGUUUGUACACACAGGUGAGAAACCCCACCAAUGCAGCAUCUGUUGGCGCUCCUUCUCUCUAAAGGAUUACCUAAUCAAACACAUGGUGACGCACACUGGCGUGAGGGCCUACCAGUGCAGCAUCUGCAACAAGCGCUUCACCCAGAAGAGCUCCCUUAAUGUGCACAUGCGCCUCCACCGCGGGGAGAAGUCCUACGAGUGCUACAUCUGCAAGAAGAAGUUCUCCCACAAGACCCUGCUGGAGAGGCAUGUGGCUCUGCACAGUGCCACCAACGGCACCCCUGGAGCCACCGGCACCGGCGCCAGGGCUGUACCUGCCGGGGUGGUGGCCUGCACGGAGGGGACCACGUACGUCUGCUCUGUCUGUCCAGCUAAGUUUGACCAAAUCGAGCAUUUCAACGACCACAUGAGGAUGCAUGUGUCAGAUGGAUAAGUAGAAUCUCUCUCUCUCUCUUUGUUAUGAACAAAAAAAAUAGAAACAACAAAAAAAGCUAUGGCACUAGAAUUUAAGAAAUGAUUUUUGUUUCAUUUUUACCUUUAUUUUCCUCCUUUUUUUUUUUUUUGGGUUUGUUUCAUUUUGUUGUUUUUGUACUACAUGAAGAACUGUUUUUUGCCUGCUGGUACAUUACGUUUCCGGAGGCUGGGUGAAUAAUAAUUUUCCCAGCCUCCCUUGGAUGGUGGCCUUAAGGCCAGGUAGUGCUUCAUGAGCUCCACUGGUUGGAUCUCUAGCUACUGGCCUCUAAAUACAACCCUUCUUUACUACAAAAAAAAAAAAAAAAAACAAACAAAGAAAAAAAAAACACAAAAAAUAUAUAAAAAACAGACAGAAAAAAAAAACAACAAAAAAAUUCUUUUUUCUCACUUGUGAAGAGCACUACAAAAAAAAAAAAAGAAACAAAA